AUGCCUAUGUGCCGCCUUCAGAUGGUGCUCCCUGGUCCUGAUGGGGACAAUCAACCUUCUGCGUCCAACCAGGACGAUAAUCUCGAUAUAUUGGAGAGGAUCUUACGAGAACCUCCAGAUCAAGAUCGAGGUGACCAGGAACAAAUGUUGCAAAGACUUUCACGCCUAAGAGAUCCAAUGGCCAAUUUAAACGUUGUCAAUACAAGAUAUGGUUUAGUUAGUCCUCUUGAACCGACUUUAUAUGAAUUACUGCAGAGAAUUUGUGCAUCCGAAGCAAAUGGUGAGGAGAAGGACGUGGAGUCGUUGCUCCGAGUAACAAUGCGAGUCACAUCGCGCGAUGUGUCUCUGCAGCGUCUGCACCUUUACGUGCCUGCACUUCAGGAAUUGGUUCUGGAAGGGUCCAGGAUGACUUCCAUCAGGGACCUAGGAUGUGACCUCGUCAACCUUAAAUUGCUGAAUAUAAGCAAUUGUGGUUUAGAUUCGUUGGACGGAACAAACGGUCUUCCCGUAACUCUGGAGAAAUUGUACGCUGCACGAAAUCGAAUCCGGGACGUGAUUUGUGUCGUAAGUCUCGAGGGACUGCAACUCCUCGACCUCAGUGGGAAUCGUGUCCGAGAUAUAUCAACUUUGGGUUUUUUGACUUUGUGCGAGGAGCUCCGAAGCAUAUUCCUUGCAAAUUGUCCAUGUGCAGAUAUACCGGAUUUCAGGCGACGAGUACGUAAACUGAUGCCUCAUUUGCACGAACUCGAUGGAAUACCCUUCCAAGAAGAAGAUGACGAAGGGUCAGCUAACACAAAUUUUAUCAAUGGUUUGUCCACUGCAAAGCAUGCCACAUAUAGAUGUUCAUGGGGAAUAUUGAAACUCAUUGCAAGUGCCGUGGACGAGAUGUCUGAACAGCCGUUUGCAUUUGAUCCACUGCAACAUAUUCGAGGAAUCUGA